AUGUCCGCCCUUCCCGCCGCCGCGGCCGCGGCCAACGAGCAGACUCUGUCGGACGCGCUCGCUGCUGCUUCGAUCACUGCCGAGCCCGAGACGACCGACGACAAGGCCGUCGAGCAGCCUGAGAAGACCGAGGAGGACCUCGAGGAUGGCGAGAUCAAGGAGGACGACGGCACGCCCAAGACUGUGUUCCACGACUCUUCCCGCUUCAACAUCAAGCACCCCCUGUAUGCCCCCUGGACCCUCUACUUUGACUCGCCUCAAUCAAAGGCUCUGCCCAAGACGACCACCCUGUCGUCUUCCGCUGCCAACCACGGCGGCUGGCUCGAUGACAUUCGCAAGGUCAUCCAGUUUGACUCGAUCGAGGAGUUCUGGGGCCUCUACAACAACAUUGUCCCCCCUUCGCAGUUGCCUGGCAAGGCCAACUACUACCUGUUCAAGAACGGCAUUAUCCCCGCUUGGGAGGACCCCGCCAACAAGAACGGUGGCAAGUGGUCGGUCCAGGUUCCCCGUGACAAGUCGAGGUCGACCAUCGACAAGAUGUGGCUCUACACCAUGCUCGCAGCCAUUGGCGAGACCUUUGAGACGCCGCUGGACGGCUCUGCCCCGGGCGACUCGGACCUCGUGACCGGUGUCAUCAUGUCAUGCCGCCCUGCUUUCUACCGUAUCGCGAUCUGGACCAAGGACGCGCCCGACGUUGCGCUUACCGAGGAGACUUCGCCCCUCCUGAAGCGCGUCAUGGACAUUGGAAGGCACUUCAAGGUGUCGGUCCUGGGCUUUGAGCUCGAGCAGAAGCUUGGUGGUGGUUACUCGACUGAUUGCCAGUUUGAGGCUCAUUCCGACUCGAUGGACAAGAAGAAGAGCAAGACCAAGCUGACUGUGUAG